CAAUAUUUUUUUUUCUGUCAAUAAUCGGAGGCGGUAACAUCGUUGUUAAUUUCUGUUGUUGUUGUUGUUGUUGUUGUUUUUGUUGAAACAAGUACGUCAUUGAUCGUCAAUGACCAUUCAUUUUCAUUUUGAUCUUCAGUGUGAAUCGUCGUGCCAUCACACAUACACAUUAUCAUCUAACAAUGGCCAUAUCAACAUUAAUAUUAUUGACGAUUGUAACGUCAUUGGUGAAUGGUCAACAAUCAUCGGUCAUUCGAGUGCCCACAAUUCGUGUGAAUAGCCGUAUUGUUUACAGGGAUCAUGUGGUACCACCACCACCAUCAACACAGCCAAAACCACCACGGGCUCCAUAUCUGAUUCUAUUACCCACUAAUCGUCGAACAUUUUUCAAUAAUCCAUUCAAUAAUCCAACAUAUUAUAACAAUUAUCGACCAUCAAUCGAAAAUGCUGAAGAGAAUAUUCUACCUGGACCGGCUACAACGGAAAAUUUUCAUCCACCAAUAAAUGAUAAUGAUGAUGAAUCGACGGAAAAAACUGGUUCACCAUUUGAUUUUCUUAACGAUGUACUGGAUGAAGAACAUGAUUUGAAUAAUGCCAAAGCUGCAUUGGAUAGCCCCAAUACUCGUGAUGUUAUUAAUCAAAAUGGACCAAACAUGACUAUAUUUGCUCCAACUGAUGAUGCAUUUAAUAAUUCACCAAAAGAUUGGUCGGAAGAGGAUAAGAAAAAAUUUCUCGAUAAUCAUGCUAUUGUUGGUCAACGUGUACCGAUUUAUCGAUCAAAUAAUGGUCCAGAUGAACCAUCACAUAAAGAAGAUCGGCCAAAUGUAUUGAAACCAAAUCUUCAUAUGGGUUCCAGCCCAUUAGUACAUAAAGUGGAUCGAUUACAAAAUGAACCAAUCAGUCCGAUGACAAUAAUGUCUAUGCAGCCAAUUCUAUCGACAAUAUCACGAUUAGUUAAAUUUGCACAAAUGGAACCAAAAUUACGUGAAUCCGGUACAUUUUUCUGUCCAUUUGAUAAUCCAAUCACAAGAAAUAUUGCACGUAAUGCUAAUCCAAAAAAUAUGAAACAAGUUCAAGAAUUUCUAUCUGACCACAUGGUACCAGGUAAUCAACAACAACAACAAGGUUGUCGUCGUGGUAUGAGAAAUUUAAAUGGCAAUUCGAUUGAUUGUGAAGAAACAGAUCGUACAAUUCGAAUUAAUCAGAAAGAAUUCCCAAAACGGCAAAUCAAAACACCAUUGGGUAUUAUUUUCAUUAUUGAUGAUAUUAUUUUCGAUAAUGCACCAUAUAUGGAUAGAUUGUUGCCCCGGCAACCACCGAUAUAUGUGCCACGAAUAUUCAUUACAUUAAGGCUUGUACCAGCACAUUUAUUCAAUGAUAAAAAUCAAUCAUCACCAUUAAUCGGUAAUGCUGAUGGUAAUGAUUCGGAAAUAUCGGAAGAUCAACAUGUUCGUCUUGAAAGACAAAAUCGUUUACCACCACCAGCACAGGUAUUACGACAAGCUAAAAAUCGUCGCCCACAACAAUCUAAUGGUUUUCCACAACGAUAUCAACAAGGUUUCGAUGAACCAUUACAACAAGAACAACAGAAAAUAGAGGAUAUACCGGAUGAAGACGAGUAUCGACCAUUACCACAAUCACCUAGGAAAACCAAACCAAAAUCAAAUGGAAAUGGUGCGAAAAAAACACCGAAACCAAAAAAACCAACUGCUCAAGAAGAAGAAUCUGAAGAUCAAGAUCAAUCGGAUCAAAAACCUCAGCAACAAUAUCCGAAAAAGGGUAAAAAACCAAAUGGACGAGGUAAAGGACAAAAAUCACCUGCUCAAAAUAAACCAAAACCAAAAGAAGAUGAUCAGCCACAAGAUCCACAACAGGCGAUUGAUGAUGACGAACCGGAAGAUGAUUCUGACCAAAAUGCUCCACAACAAUCAAGUGAAGAUGAUGAAGAAAAGCCCGAAGAUGUAGGAAAAUCCAAUGAUGAAGAUGAACCAAAGGAAGAUGAACCAAAAGAUGACGAUGAACCAAAAGACGAAGACGAACCAAAAGAUGAAGACGAACCAAAAGAUGACGAUGAACCAAAGGAAGAUGAACCAAAGGAAGAUGAACCAAAAGAUGAAGACGAACCAAAAGAUGACGAUGAACCAAAGGAAGAUGAACCGAAAGAAGAUGAACCGAAAGAUGAAGAUGAACCGAAAGAAGAUGAACCAAAAGAUGAAGACGAACCAAAAGAUGAUGAGCCAAAAGACGAAGAUGAACCAAAGGAAGAUGAACCGAAAGAUGAAGAGGAACCGAAAGAUGAAGAGGAACCGAAAGAUGAAGAGGAACCAAAAGAUGACGAUGAACCAAAGGAAGAUGAACCGAAAGAUGAAGAGGAACCAAAAGAAGAUGAACCAAAAAUGAAGACGAACCAAAAGAUGAUGAGCCAAAAGACGAAGAUGAACCAAAGGAAGAUGAACCGAAAGAUGAAGACGAACCAAAAGAUGAAGAUGAGGAAAAACCCGAGGAUGUUGGAAAAUCAAAUGAUGAAGAUGCACCAGAAGAAGAGCCACAACAAGAAGAAUCUGGUGAUGAAGAACCAGAACCACAACAGCAACAACAGCCAGAUGCAGAUGAUUUUGAUUCACAACCUCAACAGCAACAACAAAAACAGGAAGAAAUACCAACAACAACCUCCACAACCCCCACCAACAAAAAGCAAAAAACCAAAAUCAAAAUCUCCAGCAAAAAAAGGUAAACAACCAAAACAACAACCAGAAGAUUCAGACAAUAGUGCACAGCAAGCACCGGCCAAGAAAAAGAACGGUAAACCAAACGGAAAUGGAAGACCAAAAUCUCCAGCUGCAGCUGGACGACGACCACAACCACAACCACAACAAGAACAGGAACAAGAAUCACCGAAUGAUUAUCCAUUGGAACAACAACGUGAUUCAGAAGAUCCAUUCGAACAAAGACCAGAAGAUUAUCCGGCAUUCGAACCACAACAACGAAUCGAACCGAAUGAUCCAGAUGAUUUUGGUGAAAUGCAACAAUUGAUGCAAAAAUCAGCACGACAACUUCGUUGUGCACGUUUCGUUGAUUGGCUAAUGAACAGUGGUGUAAUGGAUCAGAUUCUUGAAAAAGCAAAAGAAUUCAAUGUUACAUUAUUUGCACCAGAAGACAGUGCUGUUUCACAACUGCCGUUCAAUAUGUUGAAUAAAAUGCAACAACAACCAAAACGUAAUGCCGAUCUAAUGCUUAUGCAUGCUAUACCUGAAUCAUUUGAACAGAUAUAUCCAGCAACACGUAGUAAUUUUCAUAGUCCACUAGGACAACCAUAUGAUACAUUUGCACCAAUACAAACAAUGCAACCAGAACGACAAAUCCGUUUUGAUCGUAGUAUAAUGCCAUCACCAUUAACUGGCCAAUAUCAACCAUUAAUCUCUGGUUGUCCGUUGAAAAAUUCACAUCAAAUUGGUCCAAUUCGAAUGGUAUCCACUGGUGCGGUACUAUUUCCACCACAACAAUCCAUUUAUUCUGUUAUGAAACGAUCACCUAAUCUACGUUUAUGUCGUGAAAUAGUGGAUCAAGCACAAAUGGCCCCACAAUUAAGUCGACCAGAUCGAUCAUAUACAAUGUUUACACCUACAGAUGAUGCAAUCCGUAAACGAUUAUCACCACGACAAUUAAAUUCACUUGUUCGUGAUCCGAAUGCUUGCCGUAGAUUUGUCGAUAGCCAUCUGGUAGCUAAUCGUGCUAUUUAUCGUAGUUCAAUUCCGCUUACACCACGUGAACAAGUUGAUCCAAAUUUUCAAGGCCGUCAAACCGAAGUACCAAGCUGUAUGGAUCAUGAACCAUUACGAAUUCGACGAUCUGCACAAUCUUUUUACGUUAAUGGUGGCCAUGUUCAAUAUGCCGAUAUAACAACCAACAAUGGUGUGGUUCACAUAUUGAAUGAUUUCAUCUAAUGAUUAAUGUUUUCAAAUCAAAUCAAAUCCGAUCAUAAUUCCUUUUACCCCAUGAUCACAAAAAAAAGAUUCUACAAAUCAAUCAAUCCAUUUUUUUUGUCUCAAAAUGAUGAUUAAAAGAAAAAAAUUUCGAAAAAAAAUCAACUAAAA